ACCAUCCUGAACCACUGCUGCAGCGCUCCCGGUCCUGCCGGCUUCUCGCUGGCAAGAGGGAGGAGGUUUGCGCUGCUGCGCUUGCUGCUGGAGGCCUUUCCUUCUCUCCCGUCUCUGUGCAUCUCUGACAGCAUAGCAGCAUCGCCCGCUCUCACUCCCAGUCCUCCUUCCCACAAUUCACAUACAAUCUCCUCAGAAUAGGGAUGAUGUCACUUCCUUCCAGAGGGUGCCGGGGUGUGUGGAAGGGGGGAGUCACGACCCCUGGCUCGGUGGCUCUCAGCAGCCCAGUUGAAUAAAUGCGAUUGCUGUCUCGGAGGGAGGGAGUUGUUCUGAAGAUGGUGCCCGGCUGUGUCGGCAGGCAGUCACCACACAGUCCUUCCCUUUGCCGAGUGGGAUUUUCAAUGGCUGCAAGAAGAGUUUGCUGUUCCCUCCUUUGCCUGUGAUGUCUGUCUCCGUGGAUAUGCACUUUUUCUGAAAUACCCUUACGGGAGAGAAGAAUGUGCAGCGGCUGGACCACAUGCCAUGAGGUGAGUGUCGUGCCUGCUGAACUUCCUCAGACCUGCUAGCCAUGCCAGGGAUUGUCGUGUUCCGCCGUCGCUGGUCUGUAGGCAGCGAUGACCUGGUUUUGCCAGCCGUCUUCCUCUUCCUCCUGCAUACCACCUGGUUUGUGAUCCUCUCUGUGGUGCUCUUUGGGCUGGUGUACAACCCCAACGAGACCUGCUCGCUUAACCUGGUGGACCACGGCAGAGGCUACCUGGGCAUCCUGCUCAGUUGUAUGAUCGCAGAGGUGGCAAUCAUCUGGCUCAGCAUGCGAGGCAGUAUCCUGUACACAGAGCCCCGGGACUCGAUGCAGUAUGUGCUCUAUGUCAGACUGGCUAUCUUGGUGAUUGAGUUUGUGUAUGCUAUUGUGGGCAUCGUUUGGCUAACGCAGUACUACACUUCCUGCAAUGAUAUCACAGCGAAGAGUGUCACUUUGGGAAUGGUGGUGUGCAACUGGGUUGUCAUCCUGAGCGUCUGCAUCACUGUCCUGUGCGUCUUCGACCCGACAGGCCGGACCUUUGUCAAACUGCGUGCCACGAAACGGAGACAACGCAACCUGAGGACAUACAACCUACGACACCGCCUGGAAGAAGGGCAAGCCAGCAGCUGGACUCGCAGACUUAAAGUUUUUCUUUGCUGCACACGGACAAAAGACUCUCAAUCGGACGCCUACUCUGAAAUCGCCUACCUUUUUGCUGAGUUUUUCCGAGACCUUGACAUCGUCCCAUCUGACAUCAUUGCAGGCCUGGUUCUUCUGCGCCAACGGCAGCGGGCAAAGCGCAAUGCUGUGCUGGAUGAGGCAAACAAUGACAUUUUAGCUUUUCUAUCUGGGAUGCCAGUGACCAGGAACACAAAGUAUCUGGAUCUGAAAAAUGUGCAAGAGAUGCAGCGGUACAAAGAGGUGUGUUACUACAUGCUGUUUGCCCUGGCUGCCUAUGGCUGGCCCAUAUACCUGAUGAGGAAGCCCACAUGUGGACUCUGUCGCCUGGCCAGAUCCUGCUCCAGAUGUUGCUGUCUCUGUCCUUCACGGCCCCGCUAUGCACCUAGUGUCACCAUUGAAGAGGAUAAUUGCUGUGGCUGCAAUGCCAUCGCCAUCCGGCGCCACUUCUUGGAUGAGAAUAUGACCUCGGUGGACAUUGUUUACACAUCUUGCCAUGAUGCAGUUUAUGAAACACCUUUCUAUGUGGCUGUGGACCAUGAUAAGAAGAAGGUGGUCAUUAGUAUCAGAGGAACUCUGUCUCCAAAAGAUGCCCUGACGGACCUAACUGGGGAUGCAGAGCGCCUUCCAGUUGAGGGUCACCACGGAACGUGGCUGGGACACAAGGGAAUGGUGCUAUCUGCUGAGUACAUCAAGAAGAAAUUGGAGCAAGAAAUGGUGCUUUCUCAAGCUUUUGGACGAGACUUAGGGAGAGGAACAAAGCACUAUGGCCUGAUUGUGGUUGGUCAUUCCCUAGGGGCUGGCACGGCUGCCAUCCUGUCCUUCCUCUUGCGUCCACAGUAUCCAUCACUGAAGUGCUUUGCCUAUUCUCCCCCAGGUGGGCUGCUGAGUGAGGAUGCCAUGGAGUAUUCAAAAGAGUUUGUGACUGCAGUCGUGCUUGGCAAAGAUCUAGUGCCCAGAAUCGGUCUCUCUCAGCUGGAGGGAUUUCGCCGGCAGCUUCUGGAUGUUCUUCAAAGAAGUAACAAACCAAAGUGGCGAAUCAUUGUGGGGGCUACAAAGUGCAUACCCAAGUCAGAGCUCCCUGAAGAGACAGAAGAAAAUUCAGUAACAAGUAAUCGUCUCUGGACCCAUCCCAGUGAUCUGACUAUCGCCCUGUCUGCAAGCACGCCACUUUACCCACCUGGCCGCAUCAUCCACGUGGUGCACAAUCAUCCUGCAGAGCAGUGCUGUUGCUGUGAGCAAGAGGAUCCCACUUACUUUGCUAUCUGGGGUGACAAUAAGGCGUUCAAUGAAGUGAUCAUCUCGCCGGCAAUGUUGCACGAACACCUCCCAUACGUGGUCAUGGAAGGGCUGAACAAGGUCUUGGAGAAUUACAACAAAGGGAAAACAGCUUUACUUUCUGCAGCCAAAGUGAUGGUGAGUCCUACAGAAGUGGAUCUCACCCCAGAGUUGAUCUUCCAGAGUCAGCCCUUGCCUAGUGGACCCUCAGUGCAGAUUGGAACUGGAGCUGUAGCAGCAGACAGAAGGAACAGCAGUACUAAGAGCAAGUCCCAUUCUGAAAUUAGUUUGGAGGGGUUUUAUGAGACAAAGCCACUUUCUCCUGUGCAGAAAGACCCCGUGGAGCUGCUUCUCCUGGAUACAAAGGAACGUCUGUCUGUGGAGCUGCAGGACCGUCGUGCUCCUCUCGCCACCAUGGAGAGCCUCUCGGACAAUGAAUCCAUCUACAGCUUUGACUCAAGGCGCUCCUCUGGUUUUCGGAGCAUCCGGGGCUCCCCCAGCCUCCAUGCUGUCAUGGAGAAGGAUGAGACGCACUGCUUUUAUAUAGACCCUGUUAUCCCUGAGGAGAACCCUUCCCUCAGCUCGCGGACAGAGCUGCUGGCUGCUGAUAGCCUUUCCAAGCACUCCCAGGAGACUCAGCCCCCUGACAAUGCACUCAACAGUGGUGGCACUACCCCCCAGCGACGCUGCAGUGAGGAGGGGGCCAGCAGUGAGGGGGACCGAGUUUCCUUAGCCCCUCGUGAGGAGCUGUCCCUCCAGAAUGGGCGGCUCACUGAUGUUCCCAGUCCCCAAGUGCUGGAGUUUGCAGAGUUCAUAGACAGCCUCUUUAAUUUGGAUAGCAAAAGCAGCUCCUUCCAGGACAUCUACUGCAUGAUGGUGUCAGACAGUUCCAGUGACUUUGCAGAGAUGCCCAAGUCUGUCAGUGAUCAGGAGAUCCUGUUGAGGGCACAAUACGAACCCAACCUAGUCCCAAAGCCCCCGAGGUUGUUUGCAGGCUCAACAGAACCUUCGUCGGGCAUCUCUGUCUCACCCUCUUUCCCCCUUAGUUCAUCUGGAGAACUCAUGGACAUCACUCCCACAGGGGUAAGCAGCCAGGAGUGCCUGGCCACUGACAAAAUCCGGACUUCCACCCCUUCUGGUCAUGUAACCAGCCCUGUCAAGCAGGACGACCUCAUGAUUUCAGCCCUCUAGUGCAGGGCAAAGGGGUGCAGCUCUGAGAGCUGAUCCUGUAGGCUGAGUGCUGGCAUGAUAAUACUUGGAGGAGGUGGUCGUUGGGCAGGUUGGAUUGCAGGAGACAGCUGGAAACAUUCCUUCUGGGGUGACACAGUGGUGGCACACUGGUGUCUGGAGGAUGGAUUGUGCUCGAGUCCUGUGCUUGCAGCUGGGGGAAGCAUUGCCUCACGAGGCCUGCUACACUGAGAGGGUCUGAGUCGCUAAAGGUAGUUGCAAGUUCCCUACCUCAGCCUGCCACAUUUCAUUCCAGAGGCAGAUUCCUUGCCCCCAGGGCACCUGCUGAGUUUGGGAGUGAGAUACCCUGCUUCAGGGAAUCCUCUGGGGUGACAGGGUGGAUUCUUUGAAGCUUGAGGAUUGGAUAGACGGAAGCAAAGGGGCCAGACCAGAUCACCCCCUUGGUACAGUGUCAGUGGUUUUGGAAAUGAGCGGAUUGAGACUUUGGGCCCUGUUGCACUACCAUGUUGGAUCUGGCCCAAGAUCCAAUUCGUCACACUUCCACAGGGAUUGCUUUUUGUAGGACACUCCUGUUUUAAAGCCAUUGGGGCUGUAUUCUCCCCAAAUGCAGUCUCCCCUCCCCUGGCCAGGCGCAGCAAGAAUGGGGCUGGCACUGUGUUUUCUCUCCCCUGAGUACUUCUGUGUUCAGUGACCACCAGGCUGCUGCUGAGACGGAAGGACACUGUUCUGAAGAGCCAAAGCCCUCUGCCAUGUUCCUCUUUUGCCAGAAGAGAGUUCUCCUGGAUGUCAUCAUCGUCACUUCUCUGUUCCCUGGACCACUCUGAGCUGGCAACAUUCCUGCAGGACUGACAGGAUUCUCAUCUCAGAGCUGCAUGGAUUGAUCAGCUUAAAAAUUCAACAGGCUUCUCAACACCCAGUGUUAUUUGGCAGGCCCCUGCGGAGCCUGGGAGCCUCUCCUGGACUCUGCUGAGUCCUCACACCACCUAUAUGCAGUAAUCACAGAUCAAUGCCAGCCUCUGUCAUUGGGAGUUCAGGGAAAAGAUGAACUUUUACUAAGUAUUGAAAUUUCUUGUAUGUUUACAGAGCUGCUAAGCUUUUUUGGAAGGUAUUUAUUAAGCAAACAGGGAGGCUUUCCCUAAGCAAAAAUCAUGUUUGUUCUUUCCUUCCUGUGCUGUUCCCUCUGGGGACUGGGGGGACAGAGGAUGGGCAGGUACAACUGCAAGUUCCCUGCUUUUAAAGUGGGUUGGAGUCUGGGGGAGGCUGCGUGCAUCAUUUGUCUGCCUCUGUUGCACAACACUGCAUUGCAAAGCGUGACCAAGUUGCUAGUAAAACUACCUGAGCACUGCUGUGCAGGGCCUCAGUGCCCGGAAGAGCCUACUAGACCUAUGUAGGCAGGCACUUUUUCUAAUGAUGGGAGCAGGAGAAAAACUACCUGUCUAGAAAGUUAAACAUGCUGUGACCUGUAGACAGCCUUUAAUUGACAAAACACCUUCAUAUCAAAGCUCAGCAGAGUUACCAAUCAGUCUCCCUGGAGCUCUGUCCUCCCUCACUGGAAAAGAAAUUCCUAUUUUAACUUCCUUAUCACAGAUGUUAUUGCCCUCCUUUCCCCUCCUUAGCUGUGAUAUUUCCAUUGCGGGGGGGAUGCUGUGCUUCCCAGGAGCUUAGCUCAUGACAAGUCCUUGUGCUCCCGUUAUCCCUAGCUGUGUUCAUAGAGAGUCUCUUGAAGCCCCAGGCACAUGUCAGGGCUGUGGUGUCCUGGGUGCCACACAAACAGCGUGGGGUAUCGGAUGCCAUCAAGCCAGAACAGGAGCACUUUAUAACCAGCGUGCAUUGAUGUCAAUAACUUCAGGUGCACAGAAGCGAACUGGACUUUGUGUCCAAGUGCCGAUCUCCCACUUAACAAUUUACUGUGGGAUCCUGUGUCUCCUGCUCCUUACACAUUGCAGGGCCUUCAGAAAUGCAGGAGCUUUGUUAAAUGGGCAGUAAAAUGUUGUCCUUGUGGUUUAGGUUCCAAAGGUGACCUUUUCUAUACUGUUUUGAAUUGGAGGGCAGAAGCCCCUCUGAAUUUAAAAUACUUUGUAAAAGAAAAAUACUUUUAUUCUGA